AUGGUGUUGGAGCAGAUGUUGAAGUGUUUAGUGUGGAUUCCAAAGGGAAGUGGUGGGUCAAAGAAGGUGCCAGUGAAAGAAGGAGCUGUAACUGACAUCAAAAUAGAAGUCUGUGCUGAAGAUGGGAAAACAACCAAAGUAUACAUCAUUCAUGUGAAGCGACUGUCAGCUAAAGAUGCCACACUCUCCAGUCUCAAGUUAGAUGUUGGAACGCUUGUGCCAGAGUUCAAUGUAGAUACCUAUGAAUAUACAUGUUUAUUGGCAUGCAAUGUUAAUGCCGUUAAAGUUACGCCAACCCCACCAGAUCCUAAAAAUGCUGUGACUGUCAAUGACGAGAAACCAGGAACACCUACAACACUUAAUGUAGGAAGUACAAACAUCAUAGUAGAGGUCACUUCUGAAGAUGGGUCUAGCAAACAAAAAUACUGCAUCUGUGUUACACGCAAGCAACUACCUCGUCAUGUUAAAAUUGUAGAUCCUGCUGUUGCUUUGCAAUACGAAGAUCCUAUUUCUCUGAGCACUUUAUAUCGACCAAUCACCAUCAGGAACAGUGAUCCGAGACACACAUUCUCUGCACCAAUCAUUGAUGAGUUUACAAAGACAUCCAAGUUUGAUCCAAUCAAUGAUACUGCUCUUGAAUCUGAUUGGAGGAUUGAAGAUUUUGAACUAGACAAAAAGAUGAGUGCAACAACUGCAUGUGUACCUCUAACUUAUGGUGGUACAUCAGAGAGUUGCAAGUUUUCUGAUCUUGGAGCACAGAUUGCCAAAUGUAAUGUUACACCAAAAGUUGAAGAUCCCAAAGACAGGUUUAAGGAUAUCAAUGCACCAGUAAAUCAUAAAGUUGAGCAACGUAAAUGGGAGAAGAGUUUACAGCAGGUGUUUGGAGAGACCAGUGCAGACAAGCUGGUCACCACUGCCAAAGAUGAACUGAAGAGCUAUUUUUCUGCACUGCCUAAACCUAGUAGUUCGAGGCAGUGGCCAGAUGGAGAGUCUCCAAUGGACUACCUACAGCAAGCUAUUUAUUGUUAUGCCACUGCCGUAAAAGUUAAACCCAAAGAUGCCAACCUUCAUUUACAGUUAGGAAUUCUGUUAGAGGAGAAAUAUUAUAUAGAAGACAUAUUUGGAUUGAAAAAGGAGAGUCAUGAUGACCUUCCGUCCCUAAACCUGCAAGCAGCCGAGAGCUCCAAGGAUGAUGAAUGUAAUGCCAUCUGUAAAAUACAUGGGGUAGAGCCCACAGCACCGCUACCCCUACAACUGAAAGCUAUAGACAUGGAGUAUCACAGCUUGAUAAGUUCUGGCCAGUCAUCAAAGGCAGAUCAUGUUAUGGAACUGUAUCAGUGGAAAUCAAAACAGGCAUCACAGGAAGGUGCAGCAGCACAGAAAGCUACUGAUGAGGAGUCGCCCCUGGGUCAGGCAUAUCUUAAGUACAUGGAUGCUUUAGCAUGUGAUGAGGCAAAAGCUUUGUUCAACUUCCAUGUAGGACGUAUGUUGGUAGUGCAGGGUAACUAUGACGAUGCUGUCAAACGGUUGGAAACAAGUCUCAACUGGAAUGCCAAUCAUCAACUCUCUAGGUUUUAUUUAGGUCUUGCUCUUGCCUUGAAGAAAGAUGGACCAGGUGCUAGAGUGAAAGAGAGUGUCCUUUACCUCCUUGAGGCAUUUGAAACAUUAAUGACAGAGAGAACAAAACAGUCAAUGAGCCAUGAGCCCGAAAGUUAUGUUGUGCCAAUUUUGCGAGCAGAAAAUUUGAUGCAGCCCACAAAUGUGCAUCUGAUGCGAGGUUUUAUUCAACUAGGACGAUUACUGAAACAGAAUGCAGAUAUUAAAGAGGCUAUGUCACCGGAGGAUAUAUUUCACAAUGCAGCAUUACUGGCAACACAGAUGUUGCCGUUUAUUUCUCGAGGGGACAUGUACAGACAACUUGAAUGGGUCAUUCUUGAUGCACAUGCAAAUCUCCUAGAGAUCUUGUCAGCCAACCAAGCAGCCAAUGCUAAGCUGAUUGUUCAGAGAUGUGAGAGAUUGUCAGCACUCAUUACACAUUCUAUCAUACCACAGAACGAUCAGUUACUGUCAUUGCAAGAAAAGACCUGCCAACAGUUGAUACAGAUCACACCAUGUUCUAGUCAUGCUGUUUACCUUCUUGGUGCCUCGCAGUUUGCUCACUAUGAGAAUACACCCCCAGGUGAUGAGGCGACCAAACUUUUGGCAGAUGUGAAAUCAUCAUUUCAAACUUCUAUCAGCCUAGAGGGCAAAACAGCAGCUGGAGAUGUUCCAGAAACAAUUAAAAAUCAGCAAUGGUGGCAAGAGAAGGUUCGUCUGGAGGAAGAGAAAAAGAAAGCUGAGGAAGCCAAGAAAGCUCCUGCUAAGGCACCAGCUGGUAAGGCUGGAGCUCCUGCUGCAAGAGGAGGGGCUGCUGCAGCCAGGGGUGCUCCGGCUGCCCGGGGUAGGGGAGCAACCACACCUGCCCCUGCAGCUAGAGGAGGAGCUGCAGCAGCACGAGGUGCGAAGGCAGCACCAGCAGCAAGAGGUGCACCUGCUAAGGCUCCAGCAGCAAGAGGGGCACCAGCAGCCAGAGGAGCAGCAGCUGCAAAGCCGGGAGCCAAAGCACCUGCACCAGCUGAAGCCCCUAAACAAGAAACCCUACCUCCAGCACCUGUAGAGGAAACCACGAAACCAGCAGCACCAACUGGCCCAGCCCCCAUCAACAGGAAGUCGUACCAUCCACGGCUGGGACUGGCUAGAGCGCAUAAAGCUGCCAGUGAAAUUCCAGAUGCCCAGAAAUACUACAAUGAGGUCAUCACUAUGUCCCCUGAGGUUCAUGAUGCUUACAUUGAACUAGCUGACAUGUUGGUAAAAACAGAUCCAUUAGCUGCAGUAGAUGUGUACUGUAAAUUCCCCGUCUCAGACAAACCAUCAUUUGAUGACGCCUAUAUAUUUGGUGACAUUGUGAGACUACUGAUAAAGGCAGAGAAGUUUGAUGAUCCAAGGCUAGGGCCUAAUAUGAUUACAUAUGGAAAAAUACUUGGUUUAG